AACAUCCUUUCCAUUCCUGAGAGUCUACACUCUACAGACAGGCCAUGAGCUUUCAACUUCUCCAUUGUUAUUUGUAAUCCUCCUCCUUCAAUCACCCCUGAAAAUGUCCAAAACCACCCAAUGGUCUUCCCAGCUCACCUUUCUGAUAUUCACCAUCUUCUUCCUCUCCUUACCUUUCCUCGGCAACUCACAAGCUACCAAAACCAAUCCAGAAGAACAGACCAUUCUGCUCAAACUCAAACAGCAGUGGCUGAAUCCGCCCUCCCUGUCCCACUGGUCCUCAUCAUCAGACCACUGCACCUGGCCAGAGAUCAACUGCACAGGUGGAUCGGUCACAAAACUCAACGUCUCCAAUUUGGCAAUCACAGAAACAAUCCCAUCAUUUAUCUGUGACCUCAAGAACCUCACAGUUCUCGAUCUCAACAACAAUUUCAUCCCCGGCUCCUUCCCUACAGUUCUCUACAGCUGCUCCAAGCUCGAAUACCUUGACCUGUCUCAGAAUUUGUUCGUUGGCACUAUUCCUGAUGCUAUUGACAGCCUAUCCCCAAGCACCCUCCAGUACCUUAUACUUGAAGCCAACAAUUUCACUGGCGACAUCCCUCCAGCUAUUGGGAAGCUAACGGGGCUUAAAAGCCUUUACGCCAGAAGAAACCUGUUUAAUGGUUCUUUCCCUGCAGAGAUUGGCAAUUUGCUGAAUCUUGAAGAGCUGGCCUUGAGUACUAAUGGAUUUGUCCCACAACAUAUACCCUCGAGUUUCACUCGGUUGAAAAAGUUGAGAUUUUUAUGGAUGUUUCAGACUAAUUUGAUUGGAGAGAUCCCACAAGACAUUGGGAACAUGACGGCUCUGGAGUACUUGGACUUGUCAGAAAAUGAGCUCAGUGGAAAUAUCCCUGGUGGACUAUUUCAGCUUAAAAAUCUGAGCAGUCUUUUGCUUUACAAGAACAGGCUGGUCGGGUCAAUACCAUCAUCAAUUGAGGCCUUGAAUCUGGAGAUCAUUGACCUGUCUAAUAACAGCUUAACGGGGAAAAUACCGGAUGAGUUUGGCAAAUUGACAAACUUAACAGGGCUAGCUCUGUUUUUCAAUGAAUUAUCAGGCGAAGUACCUACUAGUUUGGGCAUGUUGCCAUCACUAGUAGACAUUAGGCUGUUCUACAAUAAUCUAUCAGGUCAGUUGCCACCAGAUUUUGGGAGGCACUCGAUGCUCAGUAGCUUUCAGGUUUCAGCCAACAAUUUCACUGGAAAUUUGCCACAAGAUUUAUGCAAGAACGGUGUGCUAAUUGGUGUGGUUGCUUUUGGCAACAGUCUUACAGGAGAAUUACCACCAUCCCUUGGGAACUGCGACAGCAUGCAGGUUGUACAGCUUCAAGGUAAUCAAUUUUCAGGCCAAAUUCCGGAUGGUUUGUGGACAACAAAUUUGACAACUUUGUUGAUACAGAAUAACUCAUUUACUGGCCAGCUACCGGACAAAGUUGCAUCAGGUUUGUCAACUCUUGAUAUCAGUAACAAUCAGUUUUCAGGUGAAAUUCCAGCUGGAGUGUCAUCUUGGAAUAAUUUAAGGAACUUUAAGGCAAGCAAUAACCUGCUCAGUGGUAAAAUUCCUCAAGAGUUGACUUCUCUUCCAGAGUUGGAAACACUUCUGCUUGAUGGCAAUCGGCUUUAUGGGAGUCUGCCAUCAAGCAUAAUCUCAUGGGAGGGGUUAAAUGUCUUGAGCUUCAGUAACAACCAGCUUUCUGGCCAAAUACCUGCAGCAAUUGGCCUUUUACCUGUCCUUAAUGCCCUGGACUUGUCAGAAAAUGACUUCUCAGGUCAAAUUCCAGCUCAAAUUGGGCUUCUAAGGUUAAAUUCCCUCAACCUCUCUUCCAAUCGCCUCUCUGGUAGAAUACCUGGUGAAUUUGAAAAUGCAGCUUUUGACAGAAGUUUCUUGGGUAAUGCUGGUCUUUGUUCACGUAAUCCAUCUUUAGGCCUUAACGCCUGUGCUUCCCAAACCGGGGAGUCAAACAAGCUUUCAGCAAAAUUUGUCGCAGCUGUUUCAAGUAUAGCCGCAGUUGGCUUUUUAGUGGCUUUAGUAUACACAUUCUUUUUGAUCAGAGGUUACAAGAAGAAAAAACAGGGAUUGGAUUCAACUUGGAAAUUAACCUCAUUUCAGAAGUUGAAUUUCACUGCACCAUCCCUUCUAUCAAGCUUGACAGAAAGCAACAUGAUUGGAAGUGGAGGUUCAGGAAAUGUCUAUCGUGUUCCAAUUAAUAGUUCAGGUGCAUAUGUUGCUGUUAAGAAGAUUUGUAAUAGCAAAAGGUUGGAUCACAAAGAAUUUCAUGCAGAAGUUGAGAUUUUGGGCACUAUUCGACACUCCAACAUUGUGAAGUUAAUGUGUUGCAUCUCAACGGAUAGUUCGAAGUUACUGGUCUACGAGUAUAUGGAAAAUCGUAGUUUGGAUCGUUGGCUUCAUUGCAAGAGGAACCGGUCUGCUAACACAGGUUCAAUCCACCAUAUUGUCCUGGAGUGGCCUAAGAGGUUGCAGAUUGCAAUUGAUGCUGCUCGAGGGCUCUGCUAUAUGCACCAUGACUGCUCACCAUCUAUAAUUCACCGAGAUUUAAAAUCAAGCAACAUUUUGCUAGAUUCUGAAUUCAAUGCAAAAAUUGCAGAUUUUGGUCUGGCUAGGAUGUUAGUGAAGGAUGGAGAGCCCAACACAAUGUCAGUUGUAGCUGGCUCAUUCGGAUACAUUGCUCCUGAGUAUGCUCAGACAAGAAGAGUGAAUGAGAAGAUUGAUGUGUAUAGCUUUGGGGUCAUCCUUUUGGAACUGGUUACUGGAAGAGAAGGCAAUUACGGUGAUGAGACUUCAUCGCUUGCAGAAUGGGCGUGGCGUCACUUUCAAGAAGGGAAACCAAUAAUUGAGGCCUUCGACGAGGACAUAAUGGAGCCUUGUUACUUAGAUGAGAUAGCCAACGUGUUCAAACUCGGUAUUUUCUGUACCGGAUUGGUGCCCUCCAACCGCCCUACAAUGAGGGACGUUUUACAAAUUUUGCUCCGCUCUGUUCAUUCAGUGCCAAUGGGAGAAAAGAAUGGCAGAAGCGAGUAUGAUUUUGCCCCCCUUCUUAACAACUCAAAGCGCAAGAAGUCGUUGAUCGACGAAGAUGGCGGCUUCGACUCAACGAUCUGAUAAAGCUUGAAAAUGUAACCAUCAGGUGGUUGAUCCACAAAGUUGGGAAAUCGAUGAAGGUUCUGAACCAAGCAGCAGAAGCAGGCUAAGGAGAUUGGAGCGGGUUCAUGGGGCUGCAUGAGUUAGCUUAUACUAGUUGUCUAGAAUUAGGAGAUACAUGGUGUUUUCAAACUGUAAUUGGCGUACAAGUAGAGAAAGUAAAGCUUAUUAUAGCAGGCAUUUCCACAGCUCGUAUGAAACGGCUGGCAGUGACUGCAGCUGCUACGAAGCAGCAUUUGUUUUUGGUAUCUACAAGUUUCGGAUCAAUAUAUGUAUAGUCUUUAAAUGGA